ACCAAUAUCCUAAACGGCUAAACCUAACGUAUAAUACUUUUGUAUGGUUCUUCAACCAUAAUUCCUCACAAAUUAAUCCUCUUAAUCUGUUCAAUAUUAUCAGAAAAUGGUCCAGUCAACUGUAUUACUCAACUCAAAUAUCCGAAACCAUAUCAAUUUCCCCACAAACCAGCUGAAAUCAUCUACUAAAAGUGUCAAAGAUAAAGUAUUCAAUUUAAUUAAUCCCCAAAUAGGGAAAAACACCCAGAAACCAAUAAUUUCAGAAUCAUUAAGAUUGUGCAAAUGUGGAAGAAGACAUUUAGUGGAGGCGAUUGCAGGCACUGUGCUUCAGACUUGUCUCCCCUCAUUUGCCUUGGAACCUACUUCAUCUGCCAAGGAAAUGUUGAAGAAAAUUCAUCCUCCAAGAUCAGAUUGGUACGAGGAGUUCUACGCAUCAGUUUUGAACAACAGCAUGAAUGAAUAUGAGGCUGAGAUUGCAGGUUAUAAGUCUCAACUCUUCGAAGAGUUGAGGCGACUACAAGCAAAACAAGUAUUGGAAAUCGGCAUUGGAACAGGUCCUAACCUUAAAUACUAUGCCACUCAUGCAUCUAUGGUCUACGGAAUUGAUCCCAACGCGAAAAUGGAGAAGUAUGCUAGGAAGGCCGCGGCAAGUUCAGGCCUUUCACCAGAAAAUUUCAAGUUCCUGCAAGCAGUCGGAGAGGCCUUGCCGCUGGAUGAUGCUUCUGUUGAUGCUGUCAUUGGAACACUAGUAUUGUGCUCUGUCAAUGAUGUCAACCGGACACUUCAAGAGGUAAAGAGGGUGCUUAAACCAGGUGGUCUUUACAUGUUUGUGGAGCAUGUAGUGGCAAAUGAUGGAACCUCUCUGAGGUUAUUGCAGACGGUUCUUAACCCUUUACAGCAGCUACUUGCUGAUGGUUGUCAUCUGACAAGGGAAACAGGAAGCUACAUUUCUCAAGCUGGAUUUUCUUCGGUAGAUAGCAGCACAACUUACAUUUCGAGCUUCUUGUUCGUUAAUCCUCAUCUUUAUGGGAUCGCUCACAAGUGACCUAUAAGUAUAUAUAUGUCUAUGGGUGUUCAAUGGGCCAAGCCCCCAUUUUAAGCCCUUAUCCAGCCCGUUUUUAGAAGGGCUUUGUAAGGGUCGUGUCGAAAACAAUUCGGGCUAAAAAUGGGCUAUACUAUAAUUAAAAUGAAGCGGGUUAUAAAAGGGCUCAUUAAGGGCCGAAACGUACCUUUGUAAAUAACAUAAUUAAUGUAUAAUUUAAUUAUUAUAAAUAACAAUGUCAAAGGAAUUAUUAAUAUGUUUUUAAUUUAAUUAUUAUAAACGAUAAUUUAAUUGUUCUUAAUUGAUAAAUGGGUAUUUAAAUAAAUUUAGUAGUAAAUAUGUGCUGGGUUAGGUUGGGCCGGGCUUUUUAAACCCAUUUAAUCAUAAAGGACUCUUAUCCGACCCGAUC